CUACAGACUGAGAUACUAACGCACACAUUAUACAGGACAUUUUAAGACUAGAGGAUACAACAAAAAUAAUCUGAAAAGUAUAUAACUGAGAUCUGGAGAUUGGUAGAAGAUUAAGAUCCGGAGGGAAACGUGAACAUCUAUAUUCAUUAAAGGCCAAGCUGGGAUUUUCAAUUGCAGCCAUUUACUACCAGUAUGUCAAAUUUAUCUUCUCCCCUCAAGAGGUACACAGACACAGACUACUCAAAAAGUUACAAUGGAUACCGUUCAUAUGCUUCCACCCAUAGUUCUUUAUACAGUGAUCAAAAUAAACUGUCUUAUAAAAGCAAUGUGAACAGCUCUUUUUACACCUCCCCUCAUCGUUCUUAUGGAGACCUUGACCGAAGCCUUCCACCCCUGGAUUCAUCCACAAAAAGGACUGAUAUUACACGUUCUCCAAUUAAAUAUACAUCAAAUUCAUACUAUGGCUACAACAGCAGUUAUUCUACCUUCCAAACAUCCCCCAUCACCUCACUGUCUCGUAAAAAGUCAUCCAGUCAUUCAGACCUGUCCCUUGGCUUCUCUGAACUGCGUACCUCAGAUACUUAUUAUCCUCGUAGCCCAGGAUUGACACGAUCACGUCACGAUUUUGAUGGUACUUCUCGGAUUUCCCAUGCUUCCAACCAGACUGAUAUUUAUAAUGUCUAUGGAAAGAAAAAAAGCUCUACCAAUGGAUAUGGACUACCUUGCUCAGCAGUACCAGAACCUGUCAGUUCACUUGCAAAGCCCACAUCACGAUUCACAUACUCAUAUGACAAGAACGGGGAAUCCAGUGGUAAAGAGGUGCUGCCUACCAAAGUAGUCCAAGGUUUGGUUGGCUUGAGAAAUCUUGGUAACACGUGCUUUAUGAACUCUAUUCUCCAAUGCCUAAGUAAUACUAAAGAUCUUCGUGACUAUUGUCUUCGGAACUCAUAUAAACGGGACCUAAAUUCUAAGACAUGCAGUACAGCAAUAAUGGAAGAACUUGCACGAUUGCUUCAGGCGAUAUGGACCAGUUCUGUCAAUGAAGUUGUCAGUCCUUCUGAAUUCAAAACCCAGAUACAGAGAUAUGCUCCACGUUUCAUGGGAUAUAGCCAACAAGAUGCACAAGAGUUCUUGAGAUUUCUCCUGGAUGGGCUGCACAAUGAAGUCAACAGAAUAACAGUCAGACCAAGACCCUGUACUCAGGAUCUGGACCAUUUGCCUGAUGCAGAGAAAGGCAAACACAUGUGGAAAAGGUACCUGGAGAGGGAAGACAGCAGAAUUGUUGAACUCUUUGUAGGACAGUUGAAGAGUUCCCUUACAUGCACUGAAUGUGGAUAUUGUUCGACUGUAUUUGACCCCUUCUGGGACUUGUCGCUACCCAUUGCUAAGAAAAGCGUUCCUGAGGUCUCCCUAAUGGACUGUAUUCGCCUAUUCACCAAGGAAGAUGUUUUAGAUGGGGAUGAGAAGCCAACAUGCUGUAGAUGUAAAGCUCGACGCAGAUGUACUAAGAAGUUCACCAUCCAGAAAUUUCCCAAGAUUCUUGUACUACAUCUGAAAAGGUUCUCUGAAGGUCGCAUCAGAAGCAGCAAGCUUUCUACGUUUGUAAAUUUCCCACUAAAAGAUUUAGACUUGCGUGAAUUCUCAGAAACUAGCUCUCACUCAACCUAUAAUCUGUAUGCGGUGUCUAAUCACUCGGGUACAACCAUGGGAGGACAUUAUACAGCUUACUGCAAAAACCCGAACAAUGGCGAGUGGUACACUUUUAAUGACUCAAGAGUCUCUGCAAUGUCUUCCAGCCAGGUUAGAAGCAGUGAUGCUUAUGUUCUAUUUUAUGAACUAUCGGGACCAUCCUCCAGAAUGUAACUUGGCAACCAGUAAUGACUGAAGAAAAGAGACACUCAAUCACCUGUGAAACCUGCAAAGAGGCUCACACGUAAACCUACAAUUUAUACUUUAGUGAGCAACAAGACCUGUUUCUUGGAACACCAGCAUUAUACUCACCAGGUGCCUUACCUACACAGCCAAAACAAUAUAGGAUUGUUGCCUUAAACUGGAUACUUACUGGACAAAUAACAAAGAAAGAAAGACUUAAGAAUCCAGACAAGAUAAAGUUGCAUUGGCUUCUCAAUUAUAUAUGUGAUAUUUGUUCAUGCUGGAUACCAUAUCUAAACCAUUGUAGCUCUGCCUCUUCUGGGUUUGCACAGUGAUGCCGCACCAGACACCAUGUUUUUGCUGCUGCUUUAUUUGGUUGGUUUUAAGAGCGGACUCUUCAGAUUACAAGUUCUGAUUGUACUUCAUUUAAAUUAUAUUCUCAGGAAAGCUUUAUGUGACGAACAUCUCAUUAAUGUGAAACUCCCUCAUUGGGUUUUUUAGGGACUCUACAGAGUUUUCCUUUACUAAAUGGGGGCUCCUUCAUUAAGAAAGUAUUUCAAAGCCACACUGGAGAAGGGGCCACUACUAUAAGUAACACAGUCCUUGAGAACCAGCACAUUGUUCUUUGUACUACAAUAAGUAAUGUCCUAUUUAUCCAGAUGGUCAUUAUUGUAAAUAAUGUAGAUUUGAAGUGGUGUGUUUAAUAUGUCAACUGAAAUCCUCAGCUCAGGAUGUAUUCAUUCAUAUGGAACUUAUAAGUUUUCUCUAAUUCAGUGUGAAGAGUGGAGAAAGUGACAGCUCAUAGGUUCACUCCAAACAGAAUGCUGGACAGUGCAUUUUAGUCCCAUGAGGUGGAAUUGCGGGGUGCCAUAUGAACAAAAUUAUUUAUGUACAGCUUGAGAGUUGUGUGGCACAACAGUGUUAAUUGAUUGACUGAAGAUAAUACCAGAUUUUUAUUUAUUUAUUUUUUUGUAUAUUUUUAUUUGUUGACAGCACAGUGAUGUGUUCAAUUCUAUUUAUUCUGAAACAAGUUGCAGUGGACUGGAGCUUCUGAUGUGAACAUUUAUUUACUGGACAGAUGAUCUGUGAUUACAAGGUUCCAAGUUGUCAGUUGUCCUCCUUUUAGUCAACAAGAUGUUUUUGUGUACAUGUCUGUUAGUUGAGAGUUGCCGAAGUGGAGAUUUAUCAAAACCUGUGCAGAGAAAUAGUAUGUCCAGUUGCCCUUAGCAACCAAUUGGAUUUAUUUUACACCUUAAGAAUGCAGGGCAUAAAUGUACACCCCAUGUCCACUCCCUUUCUAUGACUUGCUCUCAUCCAUAUCUGAAUGGUCCCGACGGCUAUCAUCGGCUGGGACCCGUGGCUAAUGCCGAACAUCACCAAUCAGUGUGAUGCCUGGUAUUAACUCUGUAGAAACCACGAUCUGUGUUGAUCACAGCGUCUUAAAUGUUUAAAAAAAAAAAGAAUCCCGGCUGCAAAAUUGUGGGGUCCCAAUCAGCUGAGAGGAUGUCGAGAGGGCCUUUAACUGCCUUGUCGCCGUCUUAUCGUCAUUCCAGGAAGCCAUGGUAGCCUGGAGCGUUGUUUUGCUGAUAACACUGAUCAGUGCUGUGCUAUAGAACAGCAUUGUUCAGUGUAUGCAAUCUGAAGACUGCAUGUAAUAAUCCCCUAUGGGAACUUAAAAAAUAGUAGUAGUUUUCUUUUAAUUAUGUAAAAAAAAAUUUAAUGUAAAAUAUAUUAUAUGGUUAUGUGCGUAAAUAUCCAAACUAGUCACCCCUUCAUGACCCCCAGCAAUUAAAAAAAACAAAAACAUUUUUCAUGUUUUUUUAUUUUUCCAAUAACAAAGUUGUAUUAGGGCUUUUUUUGUGAGACAAGUUGUACUUUUCAUUGGCUUACUUUAUCAUAUACUGUAUUACAGAACAAGAAAAAAUAUAUGUUAUGCAGAAUAGAAAAAAAUAUGGAAUUGCACAAUUUUGUGGGGCAAUAAUUUUUUUGGGCGUUCAUAAUGUAGCAAAUCUGACAUGCUACCUUCAUUCCAUAGUUCAGUACGAUUCCUAUGAUACCAAACUACCAUUUGGAACAUUUAGCUCCAAACGCUGUGUGCACGCUGCAGGGGUCGGCCAUGCCCCCUUGUACCAUCAGGCCACGCCCCUCAGUGAAAGUCCAUGGGAGGGGAUGUAACAGCCACCACGCCCCCUCCCAUAGACUUGCAUUGAGGGGGCGUAGCCGAGAUGUCACAAUACUCCGUCCCCUUCAUCGCCCGUCAUCAGCCACGCUCUGUGCAGCUGAGAAACUGGGGUGCUGCAGGAAAGAUCGCGGGGGUCCCCAGCAGUGGGACCCCUGCAAUCAGACAUCUUAUCCCCUAUCCUUUGGACAGGGGAUCAGAUAUCUAGGGGCAGAGUACCCCUUUAAGGACAAUUUUUGUGUUUGCACUUUUGUGUUUUCCUCUUCACCUUCUAAAAAUCAGGACGCGUUCAAUUUUGCACCUACAGACCCAUAAAAGGGCAUGUUUUUUGCGUCACCAAUUGUACUUUGUAAUGACAUUACUUAUUUUAUAACAUAAAAAUGCGGCGAAGCAAAAAAAAAAUGUGUGGGGUGAAAGGAAAAAAAAUGCAAUUUUGCAACUUUUUAGGGCUUCCAUUUCUACGCAGUGUACUUUUCAGUAAAAAACACACCCUAUCUUUAUUUUGUAGGUCCAUACGGUUACAGGGAUACCCAAUUUAUAUAGAUUUUAUUUAUUUUACUACUUUUAAAAAAUUAUAACUAAAUGCACCAAAAUUUGUAUUUUAAAAUUGUCAUCUUCUGACCCCUCUAACUGGUCUGUAGUUUUUUUUCUGUACCAUUUUUGUUUUCAUGGGGCCUUUUGAUCUCUUUUUAAAAUAUUGUUAUGGUAUAUGAAGUGAUCAAAGCUUCACAAUUUUGGACUUUGGUAUUUUUUUAAGUGUACACCAUCGACCCUGCGGUUUGGCUAACCUUAUAUAUUAAUAGUUCGGACAUUUACACACACAGCGCUACCACAUAUGAUUUUUUUUCUUUUUAUUACAUUAUUUUAUUUUAAAAAAUAGAAAAAUGGGGUGAUUCAAACUUUUAUCAACCGCGGUUUUGACUCCGGUUUAAAAACCGUACUGUGACCGCAUACGUUUUCUUUAACAUGGACGUCAAUGUGAAACGCACAUGUGUACGGUUCCAUACGGGAACCUGUAUACGGUUUUUACUUUGCACAUGCGCAUUUGCAUCCUAAAGUCUCCACCCAAAACCCCUCCCAUUAAAAAUGGACAACAUUUUCAAAAGCACAUGUUUUCUUUAAAAAAAAUGUUUUAUAUAGAAACAGACAGAACCAUAUGCACUUUUAAAAACAGUAUCAGUUUAAAAACGCAUGCGGUUUACCUUUUCCCAUACGGUUCCAUCCGUUUUUUUGGCAUACGGAUUUCUUUAGAAAAACUGAUUGAAAACAAUAUGGCAAAAACGUGGUGUGAACCCAGCCUCAAAGGGGUUUUGUUGUAAUAGUAUGGACCUACAGAAUAAAGAUAAUGGCCCUAAUUUACUAUUGUUGGGUUGUGCGCCAGAAUUUGUGUCUACUCCAGAAUGUGCGCCAGAAUUUGGGCCAAAAAAAAAAAAAAACAGACCAACUCUCCAUUUUACUGAGAACCCGAAAAAGGAGCGUGGCAGCUGGGAAAAUGGCGUGGUCACAGAAAAGGGGGCAUGGUCUCCGAAAAGGGGGUGUGUCCCCGACCUUUUCAAAAAAUCCCAUCAUAUUUACUAAGGUUUCAACAGAAAAUGUGGUAGAUUUGAGCUCUUAAAAACCCCACAGAUCAGAGCAUAAAUAAAUUUUAAAAAAUAAUUUUUUUGGGGAAAAGUGAAAAAUUUUGGAAAACCUUAGUACAUGCCGUGAAGAAAUAUCUGUUGGGGGAAAGAAAAAAAAACACAAAGAAAACUGCACUCCACCCAGGGCCAUUGUGUAAUUUUUUUUUACCAAAAAGUGCACUGUGUAAAAACAGAAGCCCCCAAAAAUUACAAAAUGGCUGCUUUUUUUUUUUUCUAUAUUGGCCCUCAAAUCAUUUUUAUUUUGCUUCACCGUAGAUUUUGUGGUGAAAUGAUUGAUGUCAUUACAAAUUACAAUUAGUGGCGCAAAAAAAACACUCAUAUGGGUCUGUAGGUGGAAAAUUUUAAGUGUUAUGAUUAUUUGAAGCUGAGGAGGAAAAAACAAAAUUGCAAAAAAUAAAGUCCUGCAUUCUCAAGGGGUUAAUUUUUAAAAAGGCCUUUAUAAAAUGAAAGAAGAAUAUGAUUGGUUUCUAUGGGCAACUGGUCAAUUUUUCCUCUGCACAGGUUUUGAUAUUUAAAUCUCCCCACUUAUCUUCUCACCUAGCAUGUACAUCUGGAAAAACUUUUUGAGAAGGGGUUGAACAGUGCUCAUCCCCUUUUAUAGGACAAUUGUUACUAAAUACACUGAUUUUGUUUUGAUAAAAGAUUGUUUAAUCCAAUAAGAGAUGCCCUUCAAAUUUUGACCAGGUUAAACUUAAUAGCCAGGGAAUUUUGUCACUCAGAUUAACGAUGCACAUGAAAUUAGAUAAAAACGAGUCUCAAGUAGCAUUGGCUCCUAUGAAAAGUUAUGCUUAGUGGUUAUACCAAGAGAGAAGAUAAACAUGGAAGGAAUUAGUAAGAAUACACAUUAAGGAACAGUAUCUGCAGUCUGAGUCGGCUUUACAUUUUGGGAUGACUUAUCAGAAAUGAAAGCGGUUACCUUCGUUAUGGGCAACUCCACUUUUCUUUUUUGCACUGGGUUUGAUACACCUCCCAUGUGAAGUCAAUUGCCUUUUAUUCAUGGGUAACAUCAAGACAUAAAUGCUUUCAUUUAAUCCCAAAUGGUCUGUUACUAGUUGUAGAUUUCUGAGCAUUCACUCCACACACCAGAUUAUUUUAAGCUAUAUCAAUUAUAUUAUAUUUGAUCUAGCAGGAUUAGCAAUAACUGAUUGUAUUUGCACUGUAAAGAACUACUGAGUGUCUAUGUGCUAUAGAGAAGUGCAUGUUUGUUGUGCAGAGCCUUUUAUGUAUAUUAUGUAAGCAUGAGAUAUAUGAGCCGUGUGCGAGUGUUUAUAUUAUUUGAUGUAUUGAUAACCAUGUAGUGAACUGGAAUUAUACCUGCUGCAUAUCUCUUAGACAGUAAGUAUUUUGGGGUCACCCACAACCCUUCUCAGGCCACACUGAGCUGGUGCUUACCAUGUAAGUGUGUAGAAUUUGUAAAGAGUUCUGCUGUAACCCUAAGGACCAUAUGUGUUCUAUGCAAAUGUACAGAUCUUAAUUAUAUUAUAUUUUA